UGCGUUCCCUUUCUCGGCAAGGUCCCCUCGUCCCGCUUAAACCCUUGUCAGACACUCACCAUACGGUUCUCUCUCUCAUCUCUUCCUCUAACUGUUUUUUGUCUCUGUUUUUAUUUCCUACACGAAAAUAGCUAAUUGUACUGGUUAUCUGAAUCAUCCGGUUUGAUCAAGACGAAAAGCUUUUGCCUUUUUAUUUGUUUUUUGUUUUUGAUUUGUUGCAGAGUUGCAUGGAAUUCUUAGGGUUCUAGGGUGAGACAUUGUUUCGAGGAUAUUUGUUUUCAUCAAGAUAUAAUCUUUUUGGUUUUUUAAAUAAUAAAUUAGUGUUUUUGUGCAUAUAUCCUUCGUUUUUUCUUUUAAUCAGCGACUCAAGUUUUUUUUUUAAAUGGCGUUUUUAUUUGUUUCUGGUUCCAAAACUGUGAAUUCCGAUAUAUUUUAGCUAUUUUGUGCUUUUAUGAGCUUGCUCAUUGCACAAAAAUUGAAUGAAUGGGUUUUCUUUGCUGGAUUUUUUCCCUACAAUUUGUAAUUUUAAUUGUUUAUUUAUUGCUUGAUUCCGCGGAUUACCCGCAUUGCAUUAACUUUCCGUUUGAUGCUGUUAAUCUUUUCAAAUUUGUUAAGAUUUUUAUGAAUACCUGCAUAAUAGUGUCCUGUAGUGAGACUUGGUGAUGAAAGCAUUAUCUUUGUAAUAUUACAAUCCGUGUACGGGUGCAGUGCCAACCAGUGCUUGAAAGUCAGUUUAAAGCGAUACUUGUCGACAACUACUACAGUCAGCGUAAUUUCUGGUUUGAGCUUGACCAUGCUCAAACAAGUAAGGUGAUAUCUUUGUUGGCAACUACGGGAAUCACUUCAGGUACAUCUGUAGGUUCUUUACCACGGAUUAAAAAGUGGAGUCAUAUGUUUCAAGCUCUUACCUCAGCUCGCACAUUAGAAUUUCUUCAACCGCUUACUUCAGAGGAUUCCACAGAGUUCAUUGAAAGAAACGAUCCAUUCAACGCCCAAAUAGAUAUCAUGGAAGCUGAGCAAGCGGAGGAGGAACUUUUAUACAUGAAACUGCAAGAGUUAGCACUUCAACCUAACCUCAAGAGUAGAGAAGGUGAACACACGUCGUUGUCAGGAGUUUUUGAAGAUCAUCAUGUCAUAAAUGAAUUGACCUUGGAGGACAUUGAGAAUCCAAGGGAGCCAUGGGGUUUGGAGGAGAAGAGGGGAGAAAGUCCGCACUACUCUUCUGAGCAGAAGAGUGGAGAGGGUCCUCAAUCCUUGACUGAGUAUCAGGCAAUCAUUGCGAAGUUGAUUCAAGAGGUGGAGGAGCUCAAGACUUUUAAGAUUCAAGAGGUGGAGGAGGUCAAGGCUUUUAAGACAGAGUUCACCAAACAAUCUAAAAAGAUUGAUUAUUUGGAGCAUAAACUGGUACUUAAUACAAUGCUAAGCCAUGCAAGCAACAUUCAGUAGCAUGCAUUGCGGAUGCAUUGUCUCAUCAUUGGCACUGAAUAGGUUCAAGGCAUUUUGAUUGACACAAGAAGUUGUCAAACCUUUUUUUCCUUCGGACUUUUUGCUUCUGUUAACCACAUACACACCUUCUGUUCUAAUUCAUGAAUAUAGGAUUUCCACGUCCAGACCUGAUGAAAGCGGUGUUUGAAAGACGAAGGGAUAUUUUUUUUUACUUUUAUUUGUAGA